GGAGCCAGAGGAACAGAGAGGCUGAGACCAACCCAGAAACCUCCAGCUCUCACAAUCCAAGCUCCCUGCUCCCUGCUGACAUGAAGGUCUCUGCAGCACUUCUGUGCCUGCUGCUCACAGCCGCUGCCUUCAGCACUCAGGUGCUUGCCCAGCCAGGUUCAGUUUCCAUCCCAAUUACCUGCUGCUUCAGUGUGGUCAAAAAGAAGGUCCCCAUGCAGAAGCUGGAGAGCUACACCAGGGUCACCAACAGCCAGUGUCCCCAGGAAGCUGUGAUCUUCCAGACCAAAGCAUCCAAGGAGAUCUGUGCUGACCCCAAGCUGAAAUGGGUCCAGGAUUACAUGAAGCACCUGGACCACAAGUCCCAAACCCAGAAGGCUUGAACGUUCGCAUCUGGACCGAGAGACGAGCCUGAGGAAGAUCUUAUUUAUUUCCCUCAACCCUCCCCAAGUGCAGAACAGUCCUAUUUUAUUACAACGUACAACACAAGGCACUUUGUAUAAUAAUUUAAAGCACAUUUCUCAAAUAAUAUUUAAUUAUAUUUAAGUUAUUAAUGUUUGACUUUAUCUGCUAUAAAUCCUAGUGAAUGUAAAGCAUGGAAUCCGGUGGCGUGUUAUCUUUUCUGUGAGCUCAGUUAGGUUCAUGGCAGGAUGUCAUUGUUCUCCCUCCGAUGUGUCUGUAGUAUUGUGAGGUCCUUCCAUGGAUCAUCAGAGUGGAACAUUUUUGUAUUCCUAUGAAUCAGUGCUCUUGUAUGUCAAAUGUCUGCUGUGUAGUGUGGUUGAAACCAGUGUUAUUUAAUGACUAUGGAAUUUUCAAAGAAAAAAAUAUAUCACUUUAAAC